GAGAAGAAGAAGGAGCGCGUCGCCCCCACGGACUCGGCUGCACUGCGUGUUCUGGCUGCGCUUCUGUCGUUGCCGUGCGCAUCUUGAGCUCGCUUGAACUUCUCACCACCUCUCCUCUCUCUCUCUCUCUCUCUCUUUGUCGGUGAAAGUGUCUGCAAUCUGCCUGAUAUCGUUUCUCUCGAGGUAAGUUUUUCAAGUGAUUCCUUUCGAAGCAUUGAUAAGAGUCAAGUUUGCCGACAAGGCUCGUAGCUGCUGUGUCUGACAUAGUUAUGAGUUGUUUUCGGUUCUUGUCCUGUAAUAAGGUGGAUUCGCGUACCGGAAGUACUUCAGAAGUCGAUGAAGAAAUUUCAGGUAUUCACAAUGUCAAACUCUUCAGCUACAAGGAGUUGAAAGCGGUGACGGAGGAUUUUAGUGAAGCAAAUAAAAUCGGAGAGGGUGGUUUCGGCGCAGUUUAUAAGGGGCGACUUAAAGGUGGAAAGAUUGCUGCAAUAAAGGUUCUCUCCGCUGAAUCAAGACAAGGAGUGAAAGAGUUCUUGACAGAGAUUAAUGUGAUAUCUGAGAUUGAGCAUGAAAACUUAGUCAAGCUUUAUGGAUGUUGCGUACAAAGUAAUCAGCGGAUUUUGGUUUACAACUAUCUAGAAAACAACAGCCUUGCUCAAACUCUUUUAGGUGGAAAUCGCAGCAACAUCCAGUUUAGUUGGCAAACAAGAUAUCGCAUUUGCAUUGGGGUUGGAAGGGGCCUUGCUUACCUCCAUGAGGAAGUACAGCCACACAUUGUUCAUAGAGAUAUCAAAGCUAGCAACAUUCUCCUUGACAAAGAUUUGACACCCAAAAUUUCAGAUUUUGGGCUCGCAAAGCUUAUUCCAGACAACGCUACGCAUGUUAGUACGCGCGUCGCUGGUACAUUAGGUUAUUUGGCACCAGAAUACGCGAUUGGGGGGCGUUUGACACGUAAAGCAGAUGUUUACAGUUUUGGAGUCCUCCUUGUGGAGAUAGUUAGUGGAAGGUGCAAUACAAAUACAAGACUCCCCCCUGAAGAGCAGUAUCUCCUUGAAAGAACGUGGGAACUCUAUGAGCGGAAAGAACUGGUUGGAUUGGUGGAUACAUCAUUGAAUGGUGAUUUUGAUGCUGAGGAGGCUUGUAAGUUCCUAAAGAUUGGACUCCUCUGCACCCAAGACAAUCCCAAGCGCCGGCCAUCCAUGUCAACUGUAGUUAAGUUGCUUACCGGUGAGAUAGGUGUUAAUGACAAUAAAAUUUCGAAGCCUGCAUUGAUCUCUGAUUUUAUGGACCUCAAAGUGCGGGGUCCUCCAACUUCAGCCGAAACAAAGAGCACUUCCUAUAACGUGACCUCCAGCUCAGAUAAUCGAGGGAAUUCUACCUUGUCAUCAUCAGGUGCCUCAACUUCUGGUACCAUGACCAACUCGGCAGUAUAUGACCAGAGCUUUUGAUCUCGUCUCCGCGUUGUCUUGUUUACAGUUUGGGUUGUAAAGUAGAUUCUUGUGAAAUUUUUACCAGUUUAUCGAGGUUUGUUGGCUUGUGUAAAUUGUUCAUGUUGCUGCGUAUGACAUUUGCUUUAUGCUAAGUGACAUAGUUAGAGGCUUCCCCGUGUAAAUUUACCCUAUUGAAUUAAUUCGAGGGCGAGUUCCGCC